AAGUCUUUCUCUCUUCUUUUCUUCCUGUUUAUUCCCUCACAAUUCACAUUGGGAGAAGCCGUCUUUAUCUCAAUUCAACAGAGAGCAGAGCAGAGCAGUAGUGAAGAAGACAUCUCUGUGUCUCCCGAACCCAAAAAGGCGUCUCCUUUUUCUACUUUUGUUGAUUCCAUUUCCUGGUUUGGAUCCCUCUUGUGCCUUUGGAUUUGUGGAGCGAGUGGCUGCUGCUGCGGCAGUGUUUUUAUUCUUCUGCUGCGAGGAUUCGAUCGGAUCUCAGCACCGGGCAGCUCCUACGGGAAGAAUUCGAUGCAAAGGUGCUUCCUUUCCACGUCCCUGCUGUCCUUUCUUUCGCGUUUCCGUUCGCCGGGAGCGAGGGUUUAGCGGGGAGGGGUGAUGACAAGGGGAUACGCGGCGGAGGGUUCCAGUGCCGGGAACCCUAACCACCCCUGCGAUAACCUCGCCGGAACUAGCGAUGCCACUGCAGGUAACUAUCUAUUUGAUGCCUCACAAUAUGCAUUCUUUGGCAAAGAGAUCAUGGAGGAUAUUGACUUGGGCAUUUUGGAAGAUGAUGAAAGUGUCAAUGCAAGUUUAACUAGGAUUGAUGAUGAGUAUUAUUUUCCUACCGUUCAAGACAGAGAGGAAAUUAUUCCUUUUGGAGGACAUGAUAUAAAUGAGGUUGAAGGCUUCAGUUAUCUAUCAGAUAAUGAUGAUCUUGCAAACACUUUUGCAAAGUUGAACAGAGUCGUCAGUGAUCCAAGGAAUACUGGAGUUAUUGGUGAUAGAGGAUCUUUUUCUAGAGAAAGUUCUUCAACUGCAGAGUGGACUCAGGAUGGAGACUAUACAAACUGGAUUGAUCAGCAAAUAUUAGAUACUGAAAAUAUCCAGGAGAGUAAGAGAUGGUGGUCGCAACCACGAUUAUCAUCAUCUCAACUUUCUGAACCAAAACCACUGUACAGAGCAUCUUCAUUCCCUCAACAACAACAGCAGCAACAACAACUCCUUCCUCACCAGCAGCAGCAACCAAGGCAGCAACAAUAUACCCGGGAGUCGAUCAUUCCACCCACUCCACCUUUUGCUUCCUAUGAUUCACACGGUGGACGAUCUCAGUCAUUUUCAAAUCUUACGCGGCAUUUAAGUAUUCCAUCUCUUGAUUCUGGACUCCAGCUAUCUGAUCUAACUCUUGCCCCUUAUUUUGAUCCUCUGCGGCAUUUGAGAGGAUCAGGUCAUGGAUUGCAAUAUGGUCCUAAUUCUUCUAUAAUCGAUCGGACGAGAAACAAUUUGCUGAACCACAGAGGUCUGUCUUCUAGUGACAAUAUGCUACCUAACCUGCUUCUGCAACAAUUAUCUUUGCCGAGCAAUUUGAUAGCUUCACAGAUAUUAUCACAUCAUCAGCACAGAUUGCCACACGUCCAACCAUCUCAUCUCCGUUACUCGCACUCGCAAAACAAUGUGUUCAGCCCUCAUGGUUCCCCUCCACACAUGAGGCCUGAUCCUCGAGAUAAUAGAUUGAGAGCAUCACAAAAAGGAAAGCAUCAUAUGCGAUUUUCUCACCAGUCCUCAGAUAUCGGCAAUGCAACGGGCGAUAACAGAUGGUCGCCACAGAUUAGAUCGAAGUACAUGACGCCCGAAGAGAUCGAUAGCAUUUUGAAGAUGCAAAAUGCAGUGAGCCACAGCAGUGAUCCAUACUUAUCCGAUUAUUAUCACCAGGCUUGUCUUGCAAAGAAAUCAGCCAGGCAGUUCAAAAACAGUUUUUUCCCGCCAAACAUCAAAGAUCUGCCUUCUCGGUCACGCAGUGCUAAUGAGUCCCAUGUCGAUGUGGCCGGGAAGUUUCUCUUCUCUUCAGUUCGUCGGCCUCGUCCUCUUCUUGAAGCUGACAUGCCAUCUUAUGGAGAUGGCUUGCAUGACCGGAAGUCUACUGUGAAGCUGCUCGAGCAGGAGCCACUUGUAGCUGCCAGAAUCACCAUCGAGGAUGGUCUCUGCCUCCUCCUCGAUAUAGAUGACACGGAUCGUCUUUUGCAGUUCAAUCCUCCACAGGAUGGUGGGCUGCAACUGAGGUGGAGAAGACAGAUUUUGCUGGAUGGACUUGCAGCAGCUCUCAAUCUUGUCGAUCCACUUGGCUCCGGUAGAGAGGGGCAUUCUAUUGGCCUCGGUCCAAAGGAUGACAUUGUCUUCCGUCGCAUAAUCUCUCUCGCCAAAGGCCGGAAAUUCAUCUCGCGCUUCCUUAAACUUCUAACCCCUGGCAGUGAUCUUGCUCAGAUAGUCUGCAUGGUUAUUUUCCGACAUUUGAGGCUUAUAUUUGGUGGUUUGCCAUCUGAUUCCAGUUCAUCAGAAACGGUGACCGAUCUAGCUAGAACAGUUUCCUUAUGCCUGAAUGAUAUGGAACUCAGCGCGCUCAGUGCUUGCCUAGCCGCUGUUGUUUGUUCAUCAGAACAACCACCUCUCCGCCCCAUUGGAAGUGAAUCUGGUGAUGGAGCCACCAUCGUUGUAAAAUCUGUUCUCGACCGAGCAACUCAUCUGCUAACAUAUCCUCAUGCUGCCGGCGCAUAUGACAUUCCUUGCCGGACCCUGUGGCAGGCAUCAUUCGAUGCUUUGUUUGGGCUGCUGACCGAGUAUUGCUUGAGUAAAUACAGUAGCAUCAUGCAAACAUUGAUGAUUGAUCAUGCACCCAAGGAUUCCAUCCUUGGGUCAGAAGCCACCAUACUGAUGAGCAGGGAGAUGCCCGUCGAUCUGUUACGAGCAAGCCUUCCACAUACGAGUGAGCACCAGCGAAAGGUGUUGAUCGACUUUGCCCAGAGACUGAUGCCAGUUACAGCUUUUAGUGAAUAUCUAAGUAUCACGAGGUCUGAAACAUCUGAAUCUGUUCCUAGUUGAUGCUUGGUUUCUCCUCUAAGCUGUUGGUCGACUGUUACCUAUUUACGCUAUAACAUCGAUCCGACUCGCACAAUUGGUACCUGUAAGUCAAUCUUUGACGGGGAUAAAUAUCAGUGCUCUUUAAAUGUCAGAUCGAAAGAUGAACAAUCUCGUCGCCCCCGCAACUCCUCCCUCGUGUUAGUGAAGCAUUUGGGAGAUGUCUUCAUUCUGCAACUUAUUUCGUUCUGUGCUUUGUGUUUACUAUAUACGGUGCAUUCGGCCAGCACUUGAAUAAAUGAUUUACUUCCUUUUAACUAUUUAGUUUUUUUUGUUGAUUCAGCAAAGUAAAAUUUAUAGUC